AUGGCUACUGUGGCCGUCAAGGAGGAGAAGGUGGGGCCUGGGGUCAUCCUUAGGGAGGGACUGAAUGAACAUUUGACCCCACUCCAGAAAGAGGCCCCCUCAUCCGGGGAGUGUGUUUCUUCCUGUGGUGUGAACUCUCUACCAUCCUCACCCACAAGGCCGCAGUCUCUCCCAACCCCGCCCACUGGACCAUGGUCGCCCCUGCUGACCUUGACCCACUCUGCCCGCCAGCCAUCAGCUCUGCUCUCUGGACAUCAGUCCUCCCAUCCACCAGCCAGACCUCAGUCGCCUGCCGAUCCGCCAGCCAGACUUCAGUCCUCUGCUUCCCUGACACCCCUGCUACCUGUGGAACCACUGUACUUUUUUCCAGAUGAGAAGGUGGUGUUUGAAGAGGUUGUGUUGGAGGAAGUACCGGAGGAAGAUAAUGAUAUCUUCAACCAGUUCACACCACAGGAAGAAACACACUCCCCGGAUGAGGGACCUUCCACCUCCACAUCUGUGACAUUCACUGACUUGAUCACAGUGCCACAAAGGGAGAGAGCCAUCAGAAAACGUAUGAAGCCACCCUCAUAUAAUCUUUCAAGUGAGGAACACAUUGACUAUAUCACAAAAAAAAACAUCCAGCAAGAAACCAGCUAAGCAAGCCAGCAAGUGCCCGCUCAGCAAGCAACCAAAAGGGAAAAGAAAGCAGGAAAAGAAAAGCAAGUCACCUUGCAAAG